AUGGGAAUCUGCGCGCAGUGUGAUCAAAAAAGACCCUCUUGUGGCCAAUGUCAGAAAUCAAAACGGCAAUGCACCGGAUAUCAACGAAACAGGCAGUUCAAGAACUUAACGUCAUUGGAUCACGAUACUUUGAUUGGGAGGAAACAACCAUUAAAUCCCAUCACGGAACCAUCUUUUAUUGAAUAUGACCAUAGCGAGCAGCAACUAAAGCAAAGGCGGAGAAAUGUGAAAACCAAACCAUCAAUCCUAAUUCAGUCUGAAAGAGUCUUGACCUCCGUACCUCAAAUCUUCGAGCACUUCCUAUCAGAAUACAUCCCCCGUGGCGGAAAGGCAGAGCAAGACCCCCCCGUAUCUUGGCUCCAAACCGUUCAGAACACGGGUAAUCUGGGCGAUAAAACCUCCCUGUCCCUCGCCAUAACAGCGUUAAGCCUCGUCCAACUAGGAAGGAAACAUCGAGACGUGGAGCUGCAACACGAGGGCAUGGCUGUGUAUGGACAAGCGCUGGAGGCGAUCCAAACCAUACUGUCAAGCAAGGAUCUCAUUUAUGAGGACAAGACACUUACGAGUUGUAUGACGCUGUUGUUCUUUGAGGUACUCGAAAUAUCCGGCUCGAAUAUACGAGGUUGGAUUAGCCAUAUUCAAGGAACUUCUCAACUCUUUCAGCUGCGUGGUCCUGGACUGCACAUUUCUGGAUCAAGCCAUCAACUUUUCCUCGGUUUCAGGCCCACAGGAAUUAUUUAUGCCUUGUCGACACGAAAAUCAAGCUACCUUGGAGAUGAGCAAUGGAUGACUGUCCCAUGGCAAAGGGCUCCAAAAUCUGACUUUCACCAUCUUCUGGAUAUUAUGGCGAAAAUGCCUGGUCUUGUUGAGCAAACAGAACUUGCUAUCUCAAGGGACGCGGUAUCAACCUCGCCGACAGACAUGGAAUCUUUACGGGAAAGAUAUUGGGCUAUCGAACGUCAGCACCGUAAGUGGUAUACCGACCUUGAGAACUCAUCAACCACACCACUAAGUUCCGAGACAACGUCAAGGACAAUUGCCUCUACGACGCCAUCCGACUUACGGCCGUUGACCGAAUCAUCCCUGGGCUUUCCAACCUUCGAAAUCGCACGUAUGCAUCUCUUCUACUGGGCAGCUCUUCUUUUGAUAUACCACAACGUCACUUCCUUACCGUCUCCCUCAACUUCUUUACAUGAAUUUGCCCAAGCCCAUAUUCAGUCAGAAAUUCGCACCACAGCAACGCUAAUUGCACGAUCUAUCCCCUACCUCCUGUCCCCGGAAUCCCAAACUCUGGGUCCUCAGAAUGUAAGCUUCCCUUUACGAACUGCCAUGCAUGCAUUUUCGGAGCUUGGAGCAGAAAGAGAGGAGAGAUGGUGUAGAGAUGUGUUUGAGGAACUGGAUAAGAGAGGAUUUCCGUUCGGAAAGAUUUUGGCAAAUGUGAAAUGGGAUGACAUUCCGAGAUUUUUGUAUGAGGUGAAGGAUAGAGAAAAUGAUGUAUAG